AUGGCGCCCAUCAGAAUAGGAAUCGUGGGAUUGUCUAGCAAAGCAGGUGCCUGGGCGACUUUGGCGCAUCUGCCUCGCCUGGCCAAGUCACCCAACUACCAGAUCGUGGCACUGUGCAACUCGACGCUGGAAUCCACCAAGGCGGCGAUCAAGGCCCAUAACCUGCCGGAAUCGACAAAGGCUUACGACUCGUACGAGCAGCUUGCCGCAGACCCAGACGUCGACCUCUAUGUUGUCUCGACUCGUGCAGAUACUCACUAUGAAGUUGCCUUGCCUGCUCUGAAGGCUGGCAAGAAUGUGUAUGUGGAAUGGCCUCUGGCCGCAACCACCCAACAAGCAAAGGAGAUGGCUGCUCUAGCCACCGAGAAGAACCUCAAAACCAUCAUCGGCCUCCAAGGCCGCAUGUCACCCAGCGUGAAGAAGAUCAAGGAGCUCAUCGACACUGGAGCCUUGGGGGAAAUCCAUAGCGUCAAUUAUCAGGGGGCCAUCCAUGUGUGGCAGAACAACGCAGCGGGUGAACGGUAUCGCUACUUCAUGGACCGAAAGGUCGGAGGCAAUCUCCUGACAAUAUAUGGCGGCCACAUCCUGGACUCGAUCUUUUACGCAGUGGGAGAGCUGCUGCCAGGUAGCUAUGCUCCCUUGGCGGCGAAUUUGAGACCGCGAAUGCACACUAUGGGGCAGGAUGGGUCGCUGUCGGAAGAACUGUAUGACAAGAACACCCCUGAUCAAAUCCUGCUUCAGGGACGAUUGGACAGGCACCCUCGAGCGGUAUUCAGUUUCCACCUGAGGGCGGGAGACAGGUUCAUCGGCAGCCCGGGGUCCAUCUGGAGGAUAUAUGGAACCAAGGGCGAACUGGCGGUUGAGUUCGCCAGCGCUGGCCCGCAGAUGGCAAAGGCUACUAGUUUCCGGUUCUCAAAUUCGGAGAAGGGUGAAAUCGAAGACAUCGUGACCGACGAAGGUGGUAAGGAAUGGACUGACCUCCCGACCCAGGGGCAGAACAUCGGUCGUCUGUAUGAGGCGUAUGCUGAGGGUCAACCCUACGGCGAUUUCGACCUUGCCGUCAAGAGGCACGAACUGAUUGAUGAGUUCUGGGCCACCAUGUCGUAG